AAUAAAUCUGGCAACAAAUCACAGCGCCCUAUAAUUCUCGUUUUGUACUCGAUAUGGUCAUCUGUUUCAAGUAAAGUAAGGGAAGAUGUAUUCGUUUGGGACAAAAAUCGUCAAACCUCAUAAUGAAAAGCUUGAUGAACUUGAAGCCACAAUAUCACAGGCUCUCCUGGAACUUGAAUUAAACAGUGAUCUUAAAGCGCAGUUACGGGAGUUAAAUGCAGUUGGUGCUAAAGAAGUUGAUGUUAACGGCAAAAAGGCUCUUGUCAUCUCUGUACCAGUUCAACAGUUAAAAGCUUUUCAGAAGAUUCAAGCAAGGCUCGUACGGGAACUUGAGAAAAAAUUCAGUGGGAAACAUGUAGUUUUCAUUGCUAGGAGAACUAUAUUACCAAAACCAACACGAAAAAUGAAGGUUAAAAAUAAGCAGAAAAGGCCGAGGAGUCGUACUUUAACAGCUGUCCAUGAUGCUAUUCUUGAAGAUUUAGUAUUCCCAGCAGAAAUAGUUGGUAAGAGAACAAGAGUUCGAUUAGAUGGCACCCGGCUUAUGAAAGUACAUCUAGAUAAGACUCAACAAACUAAUAUAGAGCAUAAAACCGACACAUUUGCUGCAGUUUACAAGAAACUUACUGGCAAGGAAGUCACAUUUGAAUUUCCAGAACCUUUGUUUUAAUCAAGAAGUGUGACUUGAAAAUAAAAAAAAAAUAAAAAGUUUAAAAAAAAA